AUGAUACUCGUACAAAAUCGCGAAUUCGAAUUAAUUAAAUGCCGCGCACUAUUGGAUACAUGCGCCACGGCUAAUUUCGUGUCUGAAAGUUUCGCAAAACAUUUAAAUCUUCCCAUAACCGCGUGCAUGCUACCGGUCGGCGCAAUCAAUUCAACGAACACAACAUCCAAGGACGUCGUUAGAAUCACCAUCCAAUCAAUAUAUAGCGAAUUCAGUAAGGACUUAACAUGUUUAUUAAUUCCAACAAUAUCAGAUUUAAUUCCAUCGGAAAACUUCCCUCGAGGAACUCUUAAAAUACCGCCCAACGUAUCAUUAGCCGAUCCAGAGUUUCACGCGCCACGUCCCGUGGAUAUAUUAAUCGGUGCUGGGCCGACAUUAUCUUUGUUUUCGAUAGGCCAAAUUAAUCUAUCACGAGACGGUCACGAUCUAUAUUUACAAAAAACACGUCUGGGAUGGAUAGUCGCAGGCGGGAAUGCUUCACAAAGUCGUCUUAAAACCACCGCAUGCUCAUUAACUAACUUAGAUCAACAAAUUGCAAAAUUUUGGACGAUCGAGGAAAUAACAAAUAACAUCCCGAAAUCAGUUGAGGAGAGUGAAUGUGAAACACAUUUCACAGACAAUGUUACUCGUUGCAAUAACGGACGAUAUAUAGUACGAUUACCAUUUCGCAAAGGUGAUAGACAACUCGGUGAGUCGCGUGCUGUUGCCCUUAAACGUUUACAGUCUCUCGAGCGUAAACUAGAUUCCGAUCCAAAACUAAAGACGUCUUAUUCUCAAACAAUGCAAGAAUAUUUAUACAUGAAACACAUGUCUCCGAUUGAUGAGCCCCUUGACGACGGGUUUUAUAUGCCACACCACGCAGUAGUCAAAUCUUCGAGCAACACGACCAAGGUUCGCGUAGUAUUCGAUGCGUCAGCAAAAACAAACAACGGUUUAUCUCUAAAUGAUAUAUUGACAGUAGGACCUACCAUACAAGACUCGUUAUUUGCACAUCUACUUCGUUUUCGUAUGCAUAAAUAUGUGCUGUCCGCGGAUAUAGAAAAAAUGUAUCGGCAAGUAAUACUUCACCAGGACGAUCGAACAUAUCAACGUAUACUUUGGCGUCAGGACGGUCAAAUCAAAACCUUCCAACUUAACACACUUACAUUUGGCGUAUCUUCAUCACCUUAUCUCGCGAUACGCACAAUUCAUAAGCUUGCCGAUGACGAACGCGACGCAUAUCCUAACGCCGCUGAAGUUCUUAAAACACAUCUAUACGUGGAUGAUUUAUUAACCGGUGCAGAAACGAUUGAUAAAGCUCGUUCAUUACGCGACGAGAUAAUCACGCUGUUAUCUCGAGACGGUUUUAACAUCCGGCAAUGGGCCUCGAACGAGAAACGCGUUAUCGAGGAUUUAAAACCCGACGCCGUGAAUUCCGAUCUCAUUUUCGACAAACCUAAUACUUUAAGAACGUUAGGUAUAUUGUGGUGCCCGCGCGAGGACAUGCUACGUUACUCAGUCCGUUCUAUCAAUCAUACCAAACGGAUCACGAAGCGACUCGUCAUCUCAGAAAUUGCCAAGAUAUUCGACCCUUUAGGCAUCAUAGGGCCGGUCAUACUGUAUGCAAAAAAACUAAUGCAGGAUUUAUGGCGAUGCAAAUUACACUGGGACGAAUCUAUCCUCCCUAGCAUACACUCUGCAUGGAACGAAUUCGCGACACAAUUAGACUCUAUUAAGGAAUUAUCUAUCGAUCGCCAGAUACUAAUCCCUGGCCAUAUUGACAUUCAGGUUCACGGAUUUUGUGACGCGAGCAAUAUAGGCUACGGUGCCUGUAUAUACGUCCGCUCAAACGAUAAAUAUAACAACACGCGUUGUCAUCUGUUAUGCGCCAAGUCACGGGUUGCGCCACUAAAAACUGUAACAAUACCACGUCUCGAAUUAUGCGGUGCGCUUCUAUUAACAAAAUUAUAUGAAGAAAUUCGCGGUGCGGUAAAAUUGUCUUUUAACAAGGUAAUCAUAUGGGGCGAUUCGACCAUAGUACUUCAUUGGUUGAAAACUUCUCAUCUCUUAAAACCUUAUGUUUCGCAUCGAGUCGCGCAAGAAAUAACACACCCACAAUUUUGGCGACAUGUCAGGUCAAAGGAUAAUCCCGCCGACGCGUCGUGGCUAACGAAUGUCGAAAGCGAGUGGCCUAAUAAUAUCGUAGAAUUAAACGAAAUACCGGAACUCAGAAAAAAUGUUUGUCUGACAACAAAUGUCGUUGAUCUUAGUAUUUUUCAAAGAUAUUCGUCAUAUUCGAGAAUGUUGCGAGUCACGGCGUGGUGCUUACGUUUUCGGCCAAAGAAUACUUAUCGGGGACAAUUAUGUAUAAAUGAACUAGAUGAAGCAGAAAUCCGAAUAAUAAAAAUUAUUCAAACUUGUAGUUUCUCGCGUGAAUUGAAAGAACUCUCUAAUGGAAAGUCGAUGAGCAAAGGCAAUAUCGCUGCUUUGAAUCCAUUCAUCGAUGAAAACGGCUUGAUACGUGUCGGUGGACGUCUGAAAGGAUCGAAGUUGACAUAUACACAGAAACAUUCAAUUUUAAUCCCGAGUCGCCAUUACAUGACUGAUCUCAUUAUUAGAGAGAUACACGAAAAAUAUUACCAUACCGGCAUUCAAACUACCCUAUAUACAAUUCGGCGAAAAUUUUGGCUGCUCGAUGGGUGA